AUGAAUACAAUUUCCGGUCUCCCGACCCCAAUGCCAUUCGAAUUCACUGUCUACGACGACGAGUCCCUAGACAGGUUCUACAUGAGCCCAUCAGCCUUCCCAUCGACUUGUGACAUCUCAUAUGAAUCACCAGAUGUGUCAAAUAUGAACAGUUUCUUCAUUCCAGAUUGUGGACUCCCAUCUAUCGAAGACCCCGGAUUGCUUGCUAUCCCCACAAUUCCAGAACAUGCAUUAUUCAAUGACACAAUGAACGAUGCGGAUAGUGUUUUUUCAUGGUCCACUUUCUCUACUGUCACUGAAUCCCCUCGACCAAGUCCGCGAGACCCAUCAUCAUCACCGGGAUCACAAAAGGAAAGGGACGAUCUAUUAAACUAUGGUGUCCCGAGCGAUAACGGCUCUUGGCGCUGUGCAUUCGUGGGCUGCAGUUCAAAAACCACUUUCCAGCGAGGAUGCGAUCUUCGAAAGCAUUACAAAAGACACGAUCGCCACUUCUUCUGUCGACAUCCUGAAUGUCCCAAAUCAUUAUCAGGUGGAUUCUCCAGCAAGAAAGAUCGUGGUCGGCAUGAAGCUAAGCAUAACCCGACCAUUACUUGUGAAUGGGAUGGGUGUGAGCGCGUUUUCAGUCGAAUGGAUAAUAUGAGGGAUCAUCUUCGCCGGGUACAUCAUAAAAGGACUCGUUCUCGAUGA